AUAACUUCAUAUGGAGUCAAACUUUGAUUGGCGCCAGCCUAGUACACACCUCCUUGCUUCGCUUCUGUCUUUUGGCGGCAAAAUCUAACCAGAUAGGGUUUAGUACCCCUCUCUCUCUCUCUCCCCCGUGCUAAAACACUAGCUCUCACCUUUUGGCUUCGCAUUUAGAGAAAUUCCCCAUUCUCUAGGGUUUGUGUCAUUCAAAUUACUCUUGGAUGUUCGGUUCGUUGAAAUAUUUACUUUUUUUCCAAUGGAAGGAUCGCCUCAAUCUAAGUCCCCUGUAAUUAAGCCCAUUAACAAAGGCGUCGUUCACAGAAUCUGCUCCGGUCAAGUCAUAUUAGACCUCUCCUCCGCCGUUAAGGAACUCGUUGAGAACAGCCUCGACGCUGGCGCCACCAGUAUUGAAAUCGCUCUCAAAGAGUACGGGGAAGAAUGGUUUCAGGUCAUCGAUAAUGGCUGUGGUAUUUCACCUGCUAAUUUCAAGGUCGUGGCGCUUAAACACCAUACGUCGAAGCUUGCGGAUUUUCCAGACCUUGAAUCUCUGACUACGUUUGGAUUUAGAGGGGAGGCAUUGAGUUCGCUUUGCGCUUUGGGGAAUCUGACUAUUGAAACGAGAACGAAAAAUGAACCCGUUGCAAUGCAUUUAACUUUUGAUCAUUCUGGUCUGUUGAUAGCUGAGAAGAAAACUGCACGGCAAAUUGGUACAACUGUCACUGUCAAGAAGUUGUUUUCGAAUCUACCAGUGCGAAGCAAGGAAUUUCAUCGCAACAUACGCAAGGAGUAUGGCAAACUUAUUUCCUUGUUGAAUGCAUAUGCACUUACGGCAAAAGGAGUCAGGUUAGUCUGCAGCAACACAAGCAGAAAGAAUUUAAAAUCUGUGGUUAUUAAAACGCAGGGAAGUGGUUCCCUCAAAGAUAGCAUCAUACAAGUUUUUGGCAUGAACAUGUUUAACUGCUUAGAGCCCGUGUCUAUAUGUAUAUCAGACGACUGCAAAAUUGAAGGGUUUCUAUCUAAGUCUGGACAGGGUAGUGGCCGCAGUAUGGGAGACAGACAAUACUUUUUUGUAAAUGGUAGACCAGUGGAUAUGCCUAAAGUGAGCAAGCUUGUGAAUGAAAUAUAUAAAGGUGCAAACUCUAAGCAGUAUCCUGUAGCCGUAAUGAAUUUUAUCAUUCCAACUAGAGCAUGUGAUGUCAAUGUGACUCCUGAUAAAAGAAAAGUAUUUUUUUCUGAUGAAAGCAUGAUUUUGCAAUCUUUGAGGGAGGGUUUGCAGCAGAUAUAUUCCUCAAGUAAUGCCAGUUAUAUUGUUAAUGGAGUUGACGACACUAACGAAGCAGGUUCCUUUGAGUUUUGCUCUUCACCUGAAAAAUCUAAUAUCCUUUCAGAGCAGUCACCUCCAGCUGGAGUCAAUUUGAAAGUUUCCAUGAGGGAACAUUCUCCAGAAGAUAAAACCUCCUUUAGAACUGUCAAUAUCAACGCUCAAAGUUUGCAGUUAUUAGAAGGGUCAGUAUCUAGUGAUCUUGAGAACAUACCGACUUUAGGAGUACAAGGGACAAACAUGGUCGAUGGUGUUUUUGAGGCUAAUGCAGGGCAAUUGACAAGUCAUAUGGAUGAUACAGCUAAAAAGGAUUUAUCAGGAGGAUUAACCCUUAGACAUCAUGAGGAUUCAUUGAAGGACUUCACCUUACAAGUACGCAGAAUGAAUAAGAUUGAUGGUUUUAUGGAGUCUAACGAUGGGGGUUUGACAACUCAUAUGAACAGUAUAGCUAGCAAGAACUCUUCAUCCCCUUCAACUUCAAUUGGGAAAGGAAAUUCUGUAAGUAGAGAUUGUAGUAGUCAUUCAGGCUACGUUCAAUCAUCACUGAACAAAUUUGUAACUGUAAAUAAGAGGAAGCAUGAAAGCAUUAGUACCGUGUUAUCUGAAGUGCCUGUCUUAAGAAAUCAAAGUCUUCAUUACCAAUCGAAGAACAGCAAUUUGAAUCUGCCUGCUUUGGGCUUAAGAGAUCAAGUUGAUGAUUCCUCCAAGUUGAAUGAGAACGAGCCUAGAAAGUUUCUCAGAGCGCAUAGCAUCUUGGAUGAAACUGAAAAUCCUAGUUCUCCUAGUGGCAACACUAGUGGUGGAAAACCUGGAGAGGAAUCUGAGAAUCAUGAAAAAGCAGUGCCUUCUGCUGGAACAGAACUCAUUGAUUUAUUCCACAAAAAUCCCGAGGAUGUACCUGAAAAAGCAUCUACAGUUCCAACAUCGGAGUCUCUAUCCUCUGCUUUAAUUGUAGAUGCUCCCGUACCUCCAUCUGAUAAAAAGAUAUGUUCUACCUUGGAGUUUAGAUUUGAGGACUUAUUGACAAAGAGGCGGCAGAGGAUGUCAAGAGUACUGUACACCGGUUACAGAUUCCUUGGCAUGAAGAAAACAAGGUGUUAUACUGCUGCGACACUUGAGCUUUCUCAACCACAGAAUGUGGAGCAAAAAGUACAAGCUUUAGAUGCUGCUACCAGAGAGUUGGAGAAACUUUUCAAAAAAGAAGACUUUAGCCGAAUGAAGGUGGUCGGGCAAUUUAAUCUUGGAUUCAUCAUUGGGAAGUUAGAUGAAGAUUUAUUUAUUGUGGAUCAGCAUGCUGCUGAUGAGAAAUACAAUUUUGAGCAUCUGGCUCAAUCAACCAUCUUUAACCAGCAGCCUUUGCUUCGGCCUCUGAGAUUGGAGCUAUCUCCUGAAGAAGAAGUAGUUGCUUCAAUGCAUAUGGACAUAAUCAGGAAAAAUGGGUUUAUUUUGGAAGAGGAUCCACAUGCUCCACCAGGGCACCAUUUUAAUCUCAGAGCUGUUCCCUUCAGUAAAAACAUUACUUUUGGAGUUGAAGAUGUCAAAGAUUUGAUCUCUACUCUUUCUGAUAGUCAAGGGGAAUGUUCGAUAAUCGGUAGUUAUAAAAUGGACACAUCUGAUUCUGUUUGCCCUACUAGAGUUCGUGCAAUGUUGGCAUCACGUGCUUGCAGAUCGUCUGUCAUGGUAGGAGAUCCACUUGGACGAAAUGAAAUGCAGAAGAUAGUAGAGCAUUUGGCAGACUUGAAGUCUCCGUGGAAUUGCCCACAUGGACGGCCAACAAUGCGACAUUUGGUAGACCUGACAACCCUAAGCAAAGAACCGGAUGAAGACACAAGCUGUUGAUCCCACCUUCCAUUCCAUCCAUGAGGUUCUGCCCUUUAUUUUUGGCUUGAGUUGAACUUAUUCUGUAUAUAUUCCAGCUAGUGAUGAUAACAAGCGCUGGAAAUGUACAAUGAUACUGCCGUACUAGGAAUGGCUGCCGGAUCUGUUCUGUUGGGUUCUUCCUUGUAAUGUUAUCUUGUUACAGGCGUCUAAGAACAACCAAGGCGGCCAAGAAAAUGGCUGGAUAUAGAAAUUGUCUUUUCAGUCUAAAUUCUAUGAAUGAGAUUAAAAUAAUUAUGGUGAAA